AUGCCCAGUAACACUCUACAGGUGCUGGUGGUCAAAGGGACCUACAGUAAACCCAGCCUGUCAGCCCAUCCCAGCCCUGUGGUGACUGAAGGAGGGGAAGUCACUCUACAGUGUGUCUCAAGGAAACAAAGUUGCAAGUUCUUUCUGAUUAACGAAGGACCACAGAAGGUCUUCUGGACACGGCAAUCAAAGUACAACUACUCUACUCGGCGGUACCAGGCCCAACUCCUUGUGGAUGCUCUGACAUCUAGCCAAAGGUGGACAUUCAGAUGCUACAGCUUUGAGAGUAACAGACCACUGGUGUGGUCAGAACCUAGUGACCCCCUGGAGCUCCUGUUCUCAGGGACCCUCCACAAACCCACCAUCAAGGCUGACCCAGGCCCUGUAGUGACCUUAGGAAGCCCCAUGAACAUCUCUUGUCAGGGGACCCUGGAUGCAGAAAUGUGUUUUCUGAAUAAAGAGGGAAGCCAACAAACCUGGGGUACACAGACCCCAAAGGAGCCUGGGAAAAAGUCCACGUUCUCCAUUCCUUCUGUGUCAGAGGACAGUGGGGGGCAAUAUCGCUGUUACUGUUACAGCUCAGCUGGCUGGUCAGAGCCCAGUGACACCCUGGAACUGGUGGUGACAGGAAUCUCUGACAGUAAACUCAGUCUAUCAGCUCGGCCCAGCCCUGUGGUGACCUCAGGAGGGAACAUGACUCUCCAGUGUGUCUCACGGGUGUUCUAUCACAAGUUCAUCCUCACCAAGGAAGAUCAGAAGUUUUCCAGCUCCCUGACCUCACAGUAUAUAAACAGUACUAUGCAGUACCAAGCCUUACUCUCUAUAGAUCAUGUAACAGCAGACCACUCAGGGACAUUCCGAUGCUAUGGUUACUACAAGCAAACCCCACAGCUGUGGUCAGUACCCAGUGAGCCCCUGGAAAUACACAUCCCAGGUGAGUCAGCCCCCUUAAGCCAAUCUUUUUUGACACCACAACCACUGGGUAGUUGCAG